GUGACGUAAUCCCGCGCGACGCACGCUAGCGCGUUUGCGUCAGCGCAGAAGUGCCAGCAUGGCGUUCACUCUGUACGCGCUGAUUCAAACAGCGAUAUUAUUAACUAAUGCCAUUGCGGUGCUCCACGAAGAGAGGUUUCUCAGUAAAAUCGGCUGGGGAGCAGAGCAGAGUAUUGGAGGUUUUGGAGAUGAACCCGGCAUUAAAGCACAACUUCUGAACCUUAUUCGCUCCGUCAGGACUGUGAUGAGAGUUCCUCUGAUAGCAGUAAAUGCAGUGUGUAUCGUCUUAUUAUUACUGUUUGGAUGAAGAAAGAACCGAUGGAUUGCGGUGGAUCAGGAUCUGUUGUGGAACACAGUCAAUCUGGCAAAG